AUGGCCACGAGUUUUGGAGCAGAAGCAUUCCGAAUAGUUCUUCUGUGCUCGUUAUGGUACACGAUCAGCUCGACGAACAAUGUUAUCGGGAAGAAGAUACUGACAGAUUUUCCUUUUCCUGUUACCGUGGCCAUGGUUCAAGUCGUCUCAACGGCCCUAUAUUUGUCGCCAACUCUUCGUGUUUGGAGUGUUCCUCCUAUGAAAUCUUUGCCGAAAUCGAGUCUUCUGAAACUGAUCUUACCACUUUCCUUUGGAAAGGCUUUUGCUGCGAUAACGGCACAUGUCAGCAUAUGGAAAGUACCUGUCUCGUAUUCUCACACGGGUAGGUUGAUAUAAAAAAAAACAAUAAUUUUACAAAGAUAGGUUCCUAUUAUUUUAAUAAACAUCGGAGAAGAACUGCUUCAGGACUAAUUUGAUUGAUCAGAAAGCUUCAAGCAAUUUAAAAAAAAAAUUAAUAUUUGUUACUCAUUCUCAGAGUUUAUCUUAAGCACGUUCUCUGUGAUUAUCAGCCGUUCAAAUCUACAGGCAAUUUAUUCGAUUUAGGUUGUUGACCCGUGGAAGUGCAUAUUAUGAUACAAAUCAGGCAACUCGUGGCGUUUUGGUUUCCACUCCACGACGCGACGUCAUUGAAUUAGAGGAACAGCUGUGCUAAUGCUGACACUCGAUCUCAAUGAUUUCAGUUUUAUCGGCGUUAGUUGUUAUAUCUUGAUAAAUUAACGUAAAACAGCCUGUUCAGCAAGGGUUAUCACGAAUGAUUAUGGAUUGGUAUUGAAACACAACUGAAGGUAAUCCCGUAUCCAAGAAGCGAGGAAAACGAGUUUUUGUCGUGAUUCACCAUCAAAGCUUCUGGAUCAUUAUUUUUUUUCUCACGACCUUAAUGCAUGAAUGGUUUAGCAGUGUUACUUUUAGGAGUAAUUAGCUGCUGGUCACUCUUACGGUUCAUAGCGUUAACUCCGCAAUGAAGGUAGCACAUCAGAAAAGACGGUUGUUGCAAAGUAGUGUGAUACCCAAGUGACACCUCAAUUUUUUUAUUUUUUUUGUGUUAGGGUUUUUUUUUGUCUCUGAUUUGGAAACAUUAAAAUCACAGAGAGAUCACACUACUUUUACUCAAAGGGUACAGAAUUCUUUCAAAAAAAAUUUUGUUUUUCUUGUUUUUUUAAGGAAGAAUAUUAUUCCUUUCCUGAUGUGUUGUCCAUCAGUUGUCAUUUGUAGCUUUUUUUUUCAUUUUAAUUUCUUUCAAAAGAAUGUCUAAGGUGGCUUAGCUCCCUUCGAUUGUUCAUUUUUUAAACAUUUUUUUAAAAUUUAAAAGCAUAUUUUCUUUUCUUUUUUUCAUGAAUUUUCAUGGAUACCACACUCAAGUUAAGGUAAGUUCAAUUCACCCUUAGGACAGAUUUAUUUUCGGAAUAUUUUAAUACGGAGAAAGUGACACCUGGGGUGGUCACCUCAGAGGUUCUGACAAGGAGAAUUUGUUUAACAAUCAAGAGUUUCUUUAGUUGGUGAUCAUUUUCUUUAUUCUCAUGACCUUAAUAUUUGAUUUAGGGAUGGUCUGGUAAGGAGAAAGUCACCUUUUGGGGUGAAAGAGUUUUUUUGCAAGAAACCCUAUAACCCCAACACUAUGAUGUAUAUAGUAAUCUUGUGGGAAGUUUCAGAAAGUUCCUGUUGUUAUUUCCACACUUUUCUUUGUUAUGAAUUUUAACCUCACAUUUUUGUUUCUAUGGGGAUCCCAAUCAUAAUCAACUAUUUAUUAUUUCCAUUUGAUAUUGGUGAUGUGUCAUCAAAAAUAACAUCAGGUUCUUUUACUGCUCUAAGUUGCUCUCAACUGUUUUCUAAAAUCUUCAGUUGUUCAACUGUGGAUUAAAAGGAAGUUUAAUAUAAAGAUACCUGGAGCGUUGAAACACUAGGAGUCCAUGGUAGAUGUAUUUGCAAUUCAGAUCAACAGACAAGUUAAGUUAGGGAAAUUAAAAAUAUGAUUGUCAAUAUUAUUAUUCCCAGUGGGAUCAAUUAUGGCUUACAGUCUUGCUCAAAAGAACCAUUAAAAGUUUUGCUCAUAUCUUUUUACAGGCAACAAUGCCAGUCUUCACAGUUAUUCUAUCAAGAGUAAUUUUAGGAGAAACGCAAUCAGGAGCGGUGAGUUUAUGCAAAUCUUUCAUUGUUAUGCAGACAAGUAUAAUAAUAAAUAUUGUUUAUUUAAUUCUUUCCAAAUAUAUUUGGUUUAAAACUCCAUUGAACUGGGGUGUCUCAAAACUGGCAACCAUCCAACUCCCCUCUCCCCUGUUUUCUCACAUCUCAUGAGUAAUUAUUGCUACUGUCUAAUUUAGGUUCUUUUUCUUCUUUCCUUUUUUCAAUUUUAAUUGUGAGAUGUGGUGUCUGAUGAAAAAAAAACUCCUAAAUGAUAUUCUUCUUCAUUCUAAUUGCCUCUCUGCUGGAUAGUGUAUUGAUGUUGAAAAAAGAUGUUACUUCUUCAUCUUUCCUUGGGGUUUAAGUCUGGUUAACACAUGUACAUGUAGAUGGAUGGAUUUGUGAUAAAUCAUGAUUUGUUUUGUAAUUUGCACUUCAUAUGAAUAUGUUAUGUUCAUGAAUUCAUUCUGGUCAUCAUGUUCACUAUUGACAGUUGUUUGGUGCUCUUAUUAGGUUUACUGUUCUUUAAUUCCCAUUGUUGGUGGAGUCAUGAUUGCCACAGCCACGGAAUUAUCUUUUGACAUGGUUGGUCUUCUUAGUGCCUUGUUAGCAACCUUUACUUUUGCUGUACAGAAUAUUUUUACUAAAAAGGUAAGCACUGCCUCUCCUCCCUCUACUACUGUACAUCAUUCCUCUCUCCCUCUACUCCCCCUUAUUUCUUUCCCUCUGUCCCUUUUCUCACUCAUCUUUUUCUAUGGAUGAUUGAGCACUUUUUUGAGCUCAGAUUAAAAUUUCAAUAAUUUAACUGUAAACAAUAUCAUUGGGGCUUUACAACAGCUACACUGCAAUGUAUGGAAUUUUUAUUUUAUGUCCCUUGCUAAUCUUACAGCAUUGAAGAUCCAGACAACUGGGGCCUGAGCCUCAUUUUCUUGAAUCUCAUUGCAUAGUUAGGACAUUUUCUUCACUCUCUAUAAUAGUACCAAUUGAGUCAUUUUUCCGGAUUUUCAGAUUUAGCAAAAGUGACCUUGCACCAAAAGGUGGACAGCCCAAAAUGAUGUCUUUUUUCACCCUUUCUCUAACCUGCUACUCACCCCUUGCACUCUCCUCGCUCCUCUCUUGAAUUGUUGUUCUGAUGGUUUUCCUGACAGCACUAAAAAUCCAUAAAAUGCCUAAAAUCCAUAACAACCCUUUAAGUGCGGAAGGAACGACACAACUCCAGUUUGACUCAACACCCCCCCCCCCCCUCGAAAAACUUUAUUUUUGAAUGCAGGACCAAACACAUUAUGUCAUUAAAAAUUUAGAUCAUUUGCAUUAACUAAUGAGUGCACACCUGAAAUUGAACAAUGGAAACAUAAAUAAUGGAAAUGGAAAUGGAAACAAAGACAGUAAUUGCACAAGUGCUAAGGCAGAAGUGCCAACAGAUUUCUUUUAAAGUCUUCUUAUAAUUCCAUAGAGGCAAAAUUGGUCACAACACUUGUUUUUGUCUCUUCUUGCCCAAGAAAUGCCGCAAAAGGCCUCUUCUGUAGGCUUAUCUUGGGCUAGAGCCUCUAACACUUCUUUCUUCAGCCUUCUCUUACUACACCCUCCCUGGCACCCCUUUCCUCCAUCCUUCUCUUAAACUUUUUUUCUUUUAAUUUAUAUCUGCUACAUUUUAGUUGUUUUGCUGUAUGAUACUUCUUCUAAUAAAAUUUCAUGUAUAUAUUUUUUUUUAAUGAUCAGGCACUUAGAGACUUGCAACUGAAUCACUUACGUUUGUUGUUGCUAAUGGCAACUAUAGCAUCUGCCAUGUUGCUACCUGCUUGGGCACUGUAUGAUCUAAGAAGAAUUAUACUUGAACUUGAAUCGGUAAGCGUAAAAUUACAAUCAAACUUUUUCUACAUGUACACUUUCUAUUUUGCUGAUUAUGUGUCACAUUUUGAUAUUGCACAUAAAAUUGUUGUCUGUAUGCCUUAUCCUUUUUCCCUUUGCAUGAAGUAUCACUUCUCCCCCUUGGAUGGUUUGUGAGUCCAUUGUAAGGUUACACCCCCUCCAGAAUUUCAUCAGGGUUCACUGAUAUUUUGCCAGUACCCAUUUAUACUCCUGGGUAGAGAGAGGCAUGGUGAGAGUGAAGUGUUUUACCCCAGAACAUAGUGGAAUGACGUAGCCAAGUCUCAAACCUAGACUCUCCACCUGGAGUACAGCACACUAACUUUUCACUCACUGGUGAAAAGCUUGUACAUGUAUGUGGCCAACAUGUAUUUCACACCAACGUCUCCUUCUACCCCAAGCUCAGUGCUAGAACCUCUGUCAGACAUCUGGUACAGGUGUGGGUCUGGUGUCUGUUCCCCCCUGUGUUUUUCCCAUUACAUAAUUCUUUUAAUACCGUGUCUGAUAAUGUACAUGAAAAAUUGUGCGAUUCUGAUUGGUAAAAACGAGUGAAUUCUUAUGUAAGAUGGGUGCGAAGAUGUAACACACGUGCAAAUUACAAAUAGCGCGUGCACGCUUUCAAAAUUUCGUCUGUACUGCCUUCCUCUUUUUUUUUUUUUCAUGUACAUCAUAAACAAGUUAUCAUAUGAUUUCUCUUGCAGUUUGGUGAAAUAAGCACUUGGUUAAUUUUUCUGUCUUUAAAAAGUUUACUCGUGCUUAUGAACACCAAAUUGCACUUAAAAUCUUGUUAUUACCUACUGUAGACGUAGAAAAUCCAGCUAACUCUAAUACAGUACAGAAUAAAUUUUUGGUUGAUAACAAUUUGCUUUCUUCAUUUCAGGGAAAGGAGGAUAUUCUAUGGCUGUUGGUAAUCUUAACGAUAAAUGGAUUUUUAAAUUUUGCCCAGAAUAUGGUGGCUUUUACAGUGUUAUCUUUAGUGACUCCACUAAGUUAUGCAGUGGCUUCCGCCACUAAAAGGAUUUUAGUAAUUACAGUGUCUAUAAUGUUCCUGCGAAAUCCCGUCAGUUUGUAUAACGGAGUGGGGAUGUUAGCUGCCAUUUUUGGGGUGUUUCUAUACAACAAGGUGAGUUUCAUUAUCAACGAUUAUUGUUUGGUGAGUCAAACACAGAGAGCGACUAGCGUCGUACAUAGUUAGUAACUAUGCGUCGUAUUUCUCCUUACAAUAUCAGCCCUGAAUCACACUUUAAGGUCACGAGUAUGAAGGAAAUGAUCACGUUCUAAACAGCUCUUGAUUAUUAAACAAAUUCUUCUGGUAAGCUCCUUAGGAAAUUUGUAAAGAACAGUAUGAGGAACAUACAUAAAAGUGAAACAUCCUGGCUCGUACGAAGCCAUUAAAACGCGCACUCGAGAUUUGUUUCGACAGAUUGGAAUAGAGAGCGGAUCUUGGAAAUUCUGUAUUUUUUUAAUGGUUUUUGAAAAACUUAUACCUCACGUACAGCUGUAUUUGGCAUCUGUUGCAAACAUUAAUCAUAAUUUUACUUGCAGGCAAAAUACGACGCCAACCGCAGAAAACACGAACUACCGACACACACGAAACACACCUCACAUUCGAAUAAUGUCACGAACAAUCAUAAAAGUUAUCAUCUUAUAUAAGUUCUUCAAGGCACCGACUCAACGCUUGGGUUUGUAUACGAUGGGCAAGGUUAUCGUUUCUGUUGUGGAAAUGAGGUAAAGAUACUGCUGGCAGUUCUGUUGCAUUCAUAUCUGAUGAGAAAUUGGAGGGAAUCAGCGCUGAGGUCAUUUCUUGCAGCUUUCGAAGAGAUCGUUUGGUGAAAUCUCCUUACUUAUCACAACAGAAAUAAUUAUUUAGGAGUUUAACAGUUCCAAUACGACUUCAUCUUCUGUAGAAAAAACGUGAUAACUAAAUAGUGUUCUUCAAGAAAAACUUAUACGAAGUCUUUCAGGUGUGAAAUGGGGUUUUUAAAUCUCUUGACCUCGUUUCAAACCCGACAAGAAAGCAUUUGAAGAAGGAAAGAGACGCAUACGAAGAAACCAAAACAGAAGCUGUCAAAUGCAUCACACAAUUUGAAUACAGAGAGCAAUUCUGUGAAAUUUACCAUUUCUGAUGAAGAGCCAUCAAUGUAACUUUAAUUUAUACGUUAUCAAGCUCACCAUGGGAUAAUUGUUAAUAAUCUUUAAACCUUCUUGAGGAGGGAAAAAUAUAGGAAGUACAAAGGUCUAAAACGUAGAAACAUAUAUAUGUAUCUGUAAAUUUAUAUUUAUGAAAUAAUUCAAAUAGUACGCGCGCUCUGAUUGGCCAUAAAACCAUUUUACAUGAGCGUAUGUAAACACGGUUUUCGUUCCUCUUUCAUUAGUUAUUUUAUAAAAGAAAUGUAAAAUGGUUUCCGUAUUUACAUAGCCUGAUGUAAACACGGAAACCGUUUUACAUUUCUUCAUUAUAUUACACCUAUACAAAGUCGUCACGCUUUUAGACCCAACGGGCGUCAAACAAAUCUAUGUUUGAGGCGAAUUUUAUUAACGAACAUUGUUGAAUUUGCAGCGAGCGCUUUUCGAUUAAGAGUCAUUAGACGGUCGAUGAGCAAACUAAAAGAUAUAUUUAAAGGGGGUAUGUUUUUAGAGAAAAUAAAUGAGGGUAUUUUUGACAAGAUAAUUUGAUUUUAUCAACUGAGUUGAUAAUGUAAAUUCGCCACCAUAGACGGUUUCAAAGCUGACAAUUCGAGCGUUAGCCCUUCGUUCUAACGAAGGGCUAACGCUCGAAACGUCAACGUUAGGAAAUGAAAUAUGACAAGCAGCCAAUCAUAGCUUGAAGUCAAAUCAGCG